GAGCCGGGCCGGGCUGGGCGCACACCCGCCUUCCCCACACGGCGGAGGUGCGGCGGGCUGGGCUGGGCUGGGCGCACACCCGCCUUCCCCACACGGCGGAGGUGCCGCGGGGCCGCUCCGAGCCCGCCUGAGGGAGCCCGUGCCGGGCGCGCGGACCGGGCGCACCGGGCCCCCCCAGCCCAGCGACACGGGGCGCCCGCCCCGGGCCCGCCGGCCAUGGAGCCGCCGCCGGACACCGCUAGCCAGGUAGAAACAGAUGACCAAAUAGCCCUCCUUAAUAAACCUAGGAAUAAAGGAGGAAGCAGUGAUCUGGCAUCAGCUGGAUUUAACAUUAUUAAUUCAAUCAUAGGAUCAGGCAUUAUAGGAUUGCCAUAUUCGAUGAAGGAAGCUGGUUUUCCUCUAGGAGUACUGCUUUUGUGUGUGGUUGCCUAUAUCACAGAUUAUUCCAUUAUAUUACUGAUCAAAGGAGGAAAUCUGUCCAGUACYAAAACCUAUCAAGAGCUGGUCAAAAAAACAUAUGGUCUUGUAGGUUAUCUAAUUCUUUCCAUUCUUCAGUUUUUAUAUCCAUUUAUUGCUAUGAUCAGUUACAACAUAAUAACAGCAGACACUUUAACUAAAGUUUUUCAGAGAAUUCCUGGAGUUGGGCUGGAUAACGUGCUUACCGACCGUCACUUCAUACUUCUUCUUACCACCGUCAUCUUUACCUUACCUUUAUCUUUAUAUCGACACAUAGCAAAAUUGGGAAAGAUAUCCCUUCUUUCUCUGAUUCUAACCAUUGUCAUCCUGAUUAUCGUGAUGGUGAGAACAGUAACCUUCAGUCCACAAGUACCCCAAUCAGAAAAUGCAUGGGUAUUUGCAAAAUCAAAUGCAGUACAAGCCAUUGGGGUGAUGUCAUUUGCAUUCAUCUGCAAUCAUAACAGCUUUUUAAUAUAUGGGUCUCUGGAAGAACCCACAUUAAAGAACUGGUCACAAGUCACACAUAUGUCUGUCUCACUUGCUCUUAUCAUCAGUGUAGUGUUCGCUUCCUGUGGAUAUCUGACUUUUACAGGAUACACAGAAGGAGAUAUAUUUGAAAACUACUGUAGAGAUGACAACCUUGCUACAUUUGGAAGGUUUUGUUAUGGAGUUACUGUAAUUCUGACCUUCCCCCUUGAAUGUUUUGUGACCAGAGAGGUGAUUGCCAAUGUGUUUUUCCAUGGGAACCUCUCAACAGUUUUCCAUGUUGUUGUGACAGUAGUUAUCAUUGCUGUGGCAACUGGUGUGUCAUUAGUGUAUGAUUGCCUUGGAAUAGUUUUAGAGCUGAAUGGAGUUCUGAGUGCUACCCCACUUGUUUUUAUCAUCCCAUCAGCGUGUUAUCUAAGGCUGUCCAAGGAGCGAUGGAACCAUUCAGAUAACCUCAUAUCCUGCCUGAUUCUUGUGCUUGGUGUGCUAGUGAUGGCAGCUGGGUUUGUUAUGACUCUCUUGAGCCCCCAGGAAUGUAGCCAUGGAAAAGAAAUGUUCUACUGCUCCCCUAGUAAUGUUUCGUUCCACAACACUACGCUUCCACCAUAGGUAGCACAGCAGCCUCCAGACAGAGCAGGCAUAUCUCGUGGUGAGGCACACAUGCCAGUKUAAAGGAGAAUGAAACAAAGAGCUUUCAUGUUUGCAGAUGCACGAAGAAUUUGAUACUGUAUUACUCUAUUUACAUACUUGAUUUUAUGCUGCCAUCCUUUUUCAGGUAAGACUUAAGUUUUAGCUGUUGAAAUACAAAUCUCAGAGGUGCCUUUCAGCAGACAUUACUUGAAUAACUUKCAAGCCUACCAAAAAGGUUGUAUUUUUUAACUUAGUCUGCGAUGCUGUUUAAAAGCUAUAAAUUAAAUACUGUGGAAUGUAAACCUCUCCCACGUUUCAUUGAUUUAACUUAGUUUUUUAUUAAUUUAUAAUCUGAAAUGUGUAUUUAUUAAUACACUAUAGUAUGGGGUUUUUUGAAGUCCUGAGAAAAACUGUGUCGGGAUCUCUAUAUUACAAUUAUGCCACUGAAUUGAAAGAUGCUUGCUAAUUCUGUCACUGAUUUUGCAGUAACUGCCCUUUAGAGCUGAAACUUCCCUUUUACGGACUCUAAAGUCAAAGACAAUUUUUUAUUCCGAUAAUAACUGUAACUGAUACAAUUUCAUUGUAACUGCUACAAGAUGUGGUCUUGUAAUUGAAAAACAUAGUAGGAGUAAAUCCACAAAAGUGAGUUUUUAAAGAUUCAAGUAGGGAGUCUUUGUAAAAACUUUGAGAUUGACAGGGAAGGAAAUUACAUUGCAGCUCAAUUCUUACCUUUAUAAUAUUAUUUAUUAUUUCUGAAACUGAAUUGAAACUUUGCUAACAUUCUAAACCUGAUUAUCAUCCUAGUCCUUUGAUUCUUUUCAGUGUAUGACUAAUGAUUUUGUCAMAUUUUGGUGAUCUGUUGUGUUUUCCAAAAUUCGUUUAACAUAAAGGAUUCAUGUAUAUAUAUGUAUGCAUAUAUAUACGUAAGUUUAUAUAAAAAUAGRCUCACAGCUUAUAGAAUAUAAAUAAUUUGAGGUUGAGUAAUAUGAGUAUGCUCAGUCAUAUCAGUGCUGUAAUUUUGAUCUUUUUUAUCGAAUCAAAWUGUGUAUGUUUGUUAAUUUUUGCAUUAUUGUGCUCCUUGUGGGUCCUCGUGCCUAUUARAGGCAUAAUGCUAUUUCAUUUGUAUGCUACUUAAUGGUGACGGGUUUCUUCAUCUUGCAUGACAAAGCUAUUUCAUUCAAGACUUCUAGCUAAAGAGAUCUUUAAGCAAGGGUCACUAGAUGGUGAUAAAACUUUUAAGAAUAACACAUUUUUUAAAAGAAGAGCUUCCAAAAUAAAUGCUUUAAAUAUUAGUSKUGGCUUUUUUUGUUGUUUAUUUGUGGKUUUUUUUAAAUUGUAACGCAAUUAUAGAGAAGUGUAUUAUUUUGCUUUAAUCUCUCUAUUAGAGAGAGAUUAGAGAGAGAUACAGCUUAGAAGGUGAUGAUUUAUCUGUUCUCCAGGUACCUGAUACUGCUCACAGAGAAUAUUUCUCACCAGUUUAGAUUCAGCAAUAGCUGAUUUUGUCUUAGCUAUGG